AUGUGUGCUGCAGUCGAGGUGGAGCCAAGCGGAGUGAGCACUGGUUCUGUCCUCCACAGCGGGACUAGCAAAUGGAAGCACGCAUACGGAAACGCCACAAAAUCUGCUAAAUUAAGUUCUUCUGGUAACAACGAAAUUCCUAAGCAUGGCUCAGAAAGUGAGACAUUUGAGGAACGGACUGAUAAGGACGCAGAAGAAGGUAUGGACCCUGAAGAGCGAAACGCCCUAUUACGGUGGCAAAGGAGACAAGAGUUUGCGAGAUGGAUUGCUGCUGAGAGACUAGCAAAAGCAGAUGCAGACGAAGACCCACCCCCAGAUCCUGCAGAGGAGCGGCUUCUGGACCGGUUGUCAGCUGCAGUAGUAGAAGAGGAACCACCUAUUGAUUUUGGCCAUGAUUUGCACCUAUCUGUCGAGGAGCGAGAGUAUAUGGACAGCCGGGUCAAAGAAGAACUUGCAAAAAUCCCAAGAGUCUCUCAGGCUUCGCCUUCAUUGGAAGGGCUUUUGUUUGCUGAAAUGUUUGACAAGCCCGAUGUCUUUAGCUCCUGGGUAAUCUCUAGGAGUUACACUCAUCAAGGUGGGCGCCGGACUUACCUUGGCCUUGAGGCAAUGCAGAUACGAUGCCCUCUGGCAUUGGCAUCAUCAAAUCAGACUACCAGCGGCAAUCCAAGGGGAUCGUGGGCUGAUGGCGGCAUCCCCCUCAGCACCGUCCUCCCCACUACCGUCAGGCUGUCUUCAGAAAAGCCCCUAGUGCUCCAAUACGAGGUGCAGCAACACCACCCAGACUUUGGUUGUGGCGGAGGCUACUUGACGUUCUUUGCAGCGGAUGCUCAAACGCAAUGUCACUUCGAUGAAAGCACUCCAUAUGCAUUACGGUUUGGUGCUGACCAUCAGAAAAGCCGUCUGCUCACUUUGAUAAUAAAGCCGGAGGGAGCGUUCACGAUUCUUCUCGAUGGGCGGGUCGUCCGCAAGACGUUACCGACGGACUUUCCAACCUUUAAUGCAGUGGGCCUGGCGUUCAUGGCGAUGGAUAGUGGGACGCUUAUAGACAACAUUGUCAUAAGCUACGACCUAGCAGCGGCCCAGCUGUUUUCACGAUCAACGUUUUGGCAAAGGGCGCGAGUGGAACACAUGGUUGCAGAGACUGCCCUGAGGACGCGUAGUGCAGUUCGACAAGAAAUCCGUUCCAAGCGCCACGAAUUCAAGUUGCUGAAUACUGUAGCAUUGUCUAAGGGUGAUUCGUAUUCAUCAACGGACUCUUCGAUACAGAUAGAACGAAUUCUUCAGGAUACGGGAAAUUCUAGCACAAGCGCUGGUUGUUCAGCUUUCGUGACCUUUUAUUGGGGAUUGGAGUGCUAUGGAGAUGCAGAACAGCCUCUACACUUCAGUAGAAGACAGUAA